ACACAUCCCCCUUAAAUAUCCAAAAGGAAGGAAAUAGCUCGGCGCAAACGUAACAUGCACACAGAUGACUGGACUAGCGUGUAGUGUAGUACUCUGUGCAGAAAACGUGAAGCAGUUUACGCUUUUUGCCUUUCUGAGGUGAUCCCGUCAGUACAGCAACGAGAGGUUCUGAGGUGAUGCAACAGCCGAUCUAACCAUGAGUGCUUGCGGCAUCCGGCGCUCUUGGUGCCGCCGAUCAAGGCAAAGGUUUUUUAUGCUCGUAUCUGCCAGCGCUGCCAUCAUGUUCGUCUACAUGUUACUUCUCCACAACAAGGAGCUCAUCGCUCAGAGCAGCCUUCCGGACGUGCUACUCGGGAGGAACAAGCAACAGGUCUCCACAAAGGAGUACCCGGAGGACGAGGACGAGGAACCCUUCCAGUAUCCACCGGAAAAACAAGCCUGCGUACAACCUAAACUCGAGUUAUACCCAAACAAAGAGUUCGUAAAAUUCUUCUCCGACACUCCAAAACCGAGUUGUGGGGUUGAUGAGAAUUGGAUUGUCAUUGAAAACGGCACAUUCAGAAUGCGACAAACGGCCAAAGAUAAGCACGGCCACAUCACGUGUGACUAUUUGCCUAUUUUACGCGGAAAAGAUGACUUCACGUACAACAAUGGCGACAGGAUACGCGCCAUACAGGACGGGUGGAAGGUCACUUCUGAUGUCUCGAAGAUUUCGUGUUUCUCCGACAAAGGGCGUUAUGAAAAUUACCACGCUGCAGUCCCGUAUGUCGCUGAACUCCAACAGCGGUCACGUUAUUAUAAACUGCCAAUAGAUGCAACUGGAUUAGACGUUCUUAUGUUUGGUUUUGACUCAGUUUCACGGUUAACCUGGAUACGGAAGUUACCUAAGACUUACGCCUACAUGAUAAAUGUGCUUAAAUGUGUGGUUUUGGAGGGUUAUAACAUUGUGGGAGAUGGGACACCGCAGGCUUUGCUGCCCAUCCUGACGGGGAAAACUGAGCCCGAAUUACCGGAGGCCCGCAGGGGGCAUCCGGGGGCCACGACGGUUGAUGGACACCCGUGGAUAUGGAAAGAAUUUAAAGAGGCGGGUUAUGUCACACAGUGGACUGAAGAUGGUGCUUCGUAUGGGACGUUCCACUACCGAAUGUUAGGUUUCAAAGAGUCACCAGUCGACCACUAUAUCAGGCAUUUUCAACUAGAAAUUGAGAAACAUCGCUGGCAAAAUAAACCCUACUGUCUCGGCUCAGAUUUACGACACAAUGUUAUGUUUAACUGGGUUACUGAAUUCUUUAAAGUUUAUAAACAUGGGAGGAAAUUUUCAUUUACUUUCCAUAGCGAGUGCAGUCACGAUAGUAACAACCCACUCUCCAUGGUCGAUGAGGAUUUCAAGCGCUGGCUGGAGUAUCUUUACAUAAAUGGCUUCCUCAAUAACACUUUACUGAUACUGAUGAGUGAUCACGGCGCACGCUUCCAGAAUUUGAGAGAAACUGUUCAAGGCAAACAAGAGGAACGGAAUCCAUUUUUCUCUUUUCGUCUUCCAACUUGGUUUAAGGAAAAAUAUCCACGAGCUUUCAAUAAUCUACGCAUUAACUCUAAACGCUUGACUACCCCUUUUGAUAUCCAUGCAACAUUCCGCGAUGUUUUGAAUUUCCGAAGCCCGUUACGCGGCAACGUGUCAGAACGAGGCAUCAGCCUCUUUUCCGAGAUUCCCGCGUCACGGUCAUGUGACCAUGCAAAGAUCGAACCCCAUUGGUGCAACUGUUUAAACUGGAAAUCUAUCAGCGAGGACUCGUCGACCGUUAAAAAGGCUGCGAAAGCAUUUCUAGACUUAGUAAACUCUUUGACCGAACGGGUAAGAGAAAAUUGCCAUUUGUUAGAAAUUGAUAACAUUACGGAAAGCGUUGCUUAUUCUCCUGGAAGCUCGUUGUUGAAGUUCAAAGCGAGUUCAGACCAUGACGGAAGAGUGCCUGACUUGUCCAGUAAGACCAAAUCUGACGUCUCUUUAUACCAAUUGACGAUUCACACCAAACCUGGCGGCGGCCAUUUCGAAGCAACUGUGAAGCAUGAUCUGAAUAAGAACAUUUUUACUCUGAGCACUGGGGAAGUCAGCAGGAUUAAUAAAUACGGUGAUGCCCCGGCUUGUAUAGCCAGCCAGCUUCCACACCUGAGACAAUUUUGUGUCUGUAAGAGUAGAUAGCAAAAAACAGAUAUUAGAUAAUUGUCCUUACAUUCCUCCAGUUAUAUGUUCCCAGAGAAAAAAGAAUAAGUCUCACCAACUCACUAAAGCUGAUCGGUCAAAUAUACAUUCGCGAUUAAGGCGAGAAUACUCUCGAGAAUGUUCGUGGUGUGCAAAUUCAUCACAUGCCCUGAGCAAUUUUCUGAGACCAUAUUUGGUUGGAGAUAUUAAAACACUAUUGUCAGUAUAUCCCAGUGCUCCCAUAAAUGACCUAUCUAGCAGCCAAACCAGAUUCCUUCAGACAAUGUAACAGUUCGUCUGUAUAAAUACAGAACAGAAUAGGUGACAGGACACCUCCUUGUUUUAUACCAUUUUUAACAUCGACAGCGCUGCUGAGUGACUCGUUCCAUUUAACCUGCUGAUUGCUGAUUUGUGUACAAUAUGGCAAGAAACUUGGCAAUUAGGGGGAAGCACCCCAUCUUGAUUAGGAGUUUGAAUAACCUAACAUAUUGGACUCUGUCAAAUGCCUUAGAGGCGUCAAGUAAUGUGGCAUAUACAGGAGAGCCACGCCUGUUAUAAUAUUUUAUAAUUUCCUUCAUAACGAAGGUGCAUUGUGCUGUAGAAUUUUUCUUCUUAAGACCAAAUUGAAGGUCGGAUAAUUUGAAUUCAUCUUCAUUUUUUUCCAUAAGAACAUGGUCAAAUACCUUACUCAGUACAUGUAUAUUGCUGAGUGUUAUAGCCCUAUAAUUGGUGUAUUCCUGUUUCGCCUAUUCCUGUUCCGCCUAUUCCUGUUUCGCCUAAUUCCUUAUUCGCCUAUUCCUGAUUCGCCUAAUUCCUGUUUCGCCUAUUCCUGUUUCGCCUAUUCAAAUGUAUUGCUAACCUCCCCACAGACGUAGGAAUAUGAACCGUCCCUUACUAUAGUGUAAAAGGCUAUCAUUAAGAAUAAAGUCUGAAAUAAUGGAUUUAGCGACAUGUCAAUUAUUUCAGUAUUAUUCGGAAUAACUUUGGAAAAUUAUACAUAGCUUACAUAGGCUUAUGUUUUAGCUUAUUUUAUAAGGCAAGAAGUAAAAUAGUAAGAAAGUGUCGAAACUCUGGGGGGUUUCUACUUCGGGAAAGAGGAGCGGUAAAAAUCAUCAAGUGACUCGGUUGGUUUCUAUUAUAACACCGAACUUUAUUUGAUCUCUCACUACCGUCAUCUCAUCGUACACAGAAUAUAAUUUACAGCCCCUUAUGGUGGACACAUGUUUUGGAGUCUUUCUCAGCCCGGAGAGGUCAUCGUGUCGAGCGAAAGAAUAAUUAAACUUGAUACUACGCCAAGUGUUUCUGUGCCUUUGAAGUCUGUUGAAUUAACGACAGAAAGUUUUACCCUUUCAUUAGAUUUGAGAAAGGUUUCUUAGGCCUGCAUUUUAUAUUGUGGAUUCUCUUUCUUUUGUCUUAGUCAGCAACUGGCUUCUAAAUAGAAAGAAUACCUAUAGCUAUAUUGUUCUUUAUUAUGACAUGGGUUUUACAGCUGAUUUUGAUCAACUAAUUAUGAGAAUGUACAGUAUUAUGUAUUUUUAUCAAAAACUCAUGAAUUCCUGUUUUUAUAAAAUAAACGACUGCUUUACUCUACUUAAUCUAUUAGUUUUUACUGUGUGUCAGUAUGGUCAUAUGGUCAAAUAAGUCCCGGACUGUCCCCGCUUUCAAGGUGACUCUUUCAAAACGGUCAAAAUGGCAUGGUUUGUUAACAAAGUUGAUGGCAUUUGAUUAGUCAAAUUGUCAUCACAUCGUUAACAUCAUCCAAUUGUCCCUUCACAUUUUCCCCAUAAAAUGGCCAUGCAUCCCUAAGGUUCCCCGUGGGAGAGUCGAUUUAUUGUAGGGGUACUGGAAAGUUGGCGAAACAGGAAGUAGGCGAAACAGGAAUAGGCGAAACAGGAAAUAGGCGAAACAGGAAAAAGGCCAAACAGGAAUAGGCGAAACAGGAAUUUUGCGAAACAGGAAUAGGCGAAACAGGUAUAAACCCUAUAAUUAUCAGAGUCACUUAAUGACUUUCUUUUGUUUUUAGGAAUAGGUAUGAUUAUGGACUUUCGAAACGCUUCCGGGAUGUAUGAAUGGGAAAACAUCAGUGCGAAGAGAGUGGCUAACUUUUCGUCAAGAUUAAUUGUCAGUACCAUGUAUAAGGUGGUCUGAGAAAAGCCUCUGUUAACCUUCAUGUUUCCCUUUAUUUAAUUACGAAUGGCACCUCGUAUGGCAAGCGGAGUGUCCAGUUAUAAAAUAAACCUAGAUUUAUUCAAAAAACCUGGUUUUUUACCUAAUAAACUAAGUUUAUUUGGAAAAAAUAUAGGUUUUUUUAAAACAACCUUGUUUAUUAGCUAAUAAACCGAGUUUCUUUAAUAAAA